AUGGCAUAUCAGCGAGGGCCUUCCACCGUCGACGUCCCUUCUACACACCUCGAAUCGAAUAGCACCAUGGACGCCCUCCACCAGCUGAGACCCGGUCCUGCUUCGGCGGUCCUGCCCUUCCCAAAUGCCGUCCUCGAAACAGCAACAUUCCACUUCCUCGCCGUGGCCCUGACUUUUAUCCUCCCGCUCUUCACACUCUUCUACAUCCACGCCGACUACAAAGCCUUUCUUUCUCUCGGCCCCGGCGGCACACCAGCCACCCCCCUCGGCUACGCCAAAAUAAAACUCCUCUCCAUCCUGUGCCUCCGCGACCCCCUCCGCCCAGCCUCCAUCCCCCACACUUCCGUCCCCAGCGCGGCUACCUCUCCCCAAACUCUCUCCCCACCCGCCCCGGCGCCCGCCCCACCGUCCGCGGCAUCGCGCCCCAACGGCAACAAUCUCAGAAGUCCUCCGUCGACAUCUACAAAGCGCUCGUGGACUCCAUGCGCGCUUUAA